AGUAACUUUUGGAAUAAACCUCUCAAAUUAAAACCUAUGAAUGCAUCUUGGAAGCUCAAGAAGGACACUACUACUGCGGUUAAUGAAAAAAAUCUUAAGACUCUAAGAUCAAUGAAUUCAAGUCCUACUUUUUCUAAAGAAGCGAUAAACACUAAGUUGAAUUCAGUGAUUGCCCAAGCAGGCUAUAAUGGAAAAGCGAUAUCGUACAACGCUGCUCAAAGUGACAGCGCAGAUGGUUAUUAUCUCCCAGAACAGAAAGAACAAGACCAAGGCAAGAAGACUUUAGUUCUCGAUCUAGAUGAAACUCUUGUUCAUUCUUCAUUUAAACCAAUCUUAGGAGCAGACAUAAUACUGACAAUCGAGAUAGAAAAUAUUCGUUCUACUGUAUAUGUACUUGUCCGACCUGGAGCUUGCGAACUUUUGGAAUAAAAAUGGCUGAGCACUUUGAAAUAGUCAUAUUCACUGCCUCUUUAUCGCAGUAUGCAAAACCCUUGAUAAAAAAACUUGAUAGGAAAGGGAUAGGAUUCCACCAGUUAUACCGGGAACACUGAACUUUUCAUAAAUCAACGUAUUUUGUAAAAGAUUUAUCAAAGUUGGGAAGAAAGCUGAAGGACAUAAUCAUAGUAGAUAAUUCACCCUCUGCUUAUCUUUUCCACCCAGAAAAUGCAAUUCCAAUUCUAUCAUGGUAUUCUAAUAAAUCAGAUAGUGAGUUGUAUAAGUUAAUGUCAGUGUUAAAAACACUAGCUACAGUUCGAGAUGUCACAGAGGAAUCUCUAUUGAACUGGGAUCAAAAAGAUGCUUAUCUAAAUUACUCAAAAAUGCGUAUAGGGAAAUAAGAAAGGAUCCAAUACUCCUCGAUACACUUUCUUCAACUCUUGUUCUCCACAAAGGGCUUCCUCAAAAACCUUGAAAAAUCCGAAUAAAAUCCCUGAAAAGCCUCAAAAGGAGCAUAAAACUCCUAAGGCCUCUUUCAAAAAAAAGUUUUCGCAGACAACUAGGCUAGCAACUAACCACAGAGGGAGAUCUUCACAUUUCUCAAGUUUGGCUAAAGGGCAGAAUUCCCUUCGCAUAAGCCGUCAAACUUCAUGAGGAUCCCGUAUGACAAUGAAUAAAAAGAAAUUAUUUAAAGAUCCUCUUAAGUAUUCUCAUUUGUACACACCAAAAGGAUCCAUGGGACAAGGUGGAUUUGUACGAUGAUUUAAGGAUGUUACAAGAGAGAACAAGAGUCGAAGAGAUUUUAAAGCAAAAAUAGAAACAUCAGGCAAGGGAGGAUCUAGGGCUAGGUGUAAGAGAAUUGACACUAUAAAUGGUAUCAAAACAACAAAUAAUUCACCUAAAGCACCGACUUUCGGCGUAAGGAAUAUGACAAAGAAAGAAAUGAAUGCAAAAGAAGCUCAAACCUUCCCUUUCUCCACCACAUCCCCCUUCACCAUCUCCUCCAACCCUCCUCUCCAAAAAUCCCACCUACACAUCAGUACAAACUACUAUCCCUCUGCUUAUCUCCAAGGAAGAAACUCUCAAUGCUAAAUUAUCCCA